AUGCUGAUAUGGAGGCUACAGACUGAGAUUAAAGCAUUCCGCAAGAGAAUUCAGGAAAUAGAGGCUUCAAAUCCCAAAGACUAUACCUCUAUUAUCACCGCUCAUGCAUUAUCCGUGGCUUUCAUGGACCUCAUGGGCAACCGAAUAAGCCUUUUUGCUACAAUCACCCCCUAUCGCGUUACAAUGUACAUGAAGCAGGAAGGGUACAUCGCCUACUUAAUCGUACAAGCAUUGGAUUUCAAUUUUUUCCCCACGCGCUACGGCUUUACUUAUACGGGGGACGUUAGCGGGCUUGCGUGGACCGGACAGCGGUUGAAUCUCAGGAGCUUGGGGCGAUUUCUGUUUAUGGGGAGAAAGACCAUUGCACCGAAUCGAGUGGUGGACAGCGUGAUAAUUGACAUGGAAGGGUUUGCGGUGUUGAGUGUACGCCGGAGAAGGCUGGACAACGUCGGUCUUUCAUCGAGGCAUGGAGUUGGAGGCCAUCUCAAGGCCAACAUUGGAGAUGAAUACAUCCAGUUUACCUCUCAUGCUACGUGA